AUGAUGGUCGGCUUCAAGUUCUCGGCGCUCGUUACCGUCACCGCCACGCUCAUCGCGACGGCCGAGGCGCAGAAGAAGCCCAUCUUCCACGUCAACAACCUGCCCGACAAGUGGGAGCCCGGCCAAGUCGGCUCGAACCAGUGCAAGAAGUGGGGCGACUCGUCGCCCGACUCGAUGUGCCAGAACGUCUUUGUCAACUCGGCCAACGAUUUCUGCCUCUUCCUGCCCUACACUCCCAAUACCACUAUCGGCGACGAAGAAGAGCGAACGGUCUCAUAUUGUACCAGGUCGGGAUACGGCACCCGCGUCUUUUCACCGGGCACCAUCAAGGGCGCGCAGUUCCUCAAGACGCCCAACUACCUCCAGGUCACCGGCUACGGCGACUUCACCAAGGUGGUGGCCCCAGGAGAUGAAGGAGGAGAACUGGAUCCUCACGGCGCUACUGGGGCUGGCAACCCGCCCGGCGGGCUCGUUUUCAGCAAUGCCAUCCCUGGACAUGAAGGUCAUUGGAGACAGUCAAGGGAAUGGUCAAGCUUUGCCUCUGCUACAGAGUUCAGCAUUCGCCUUGGUUAUGGAUCCAAGGCGGCACUCUACGCGCCGCAUAUCUACGACGAGAUGGGAGCGCAGUGGAAUCAUCCAGGCAAGUACUACCACCACAAGUUCGAAGACUGCGACGGCGAUAGCGGCGCCCCGCCCGGUGUCUACGGCGACUACACCUUCCAUCAGGGCGACCCGAAGACGCCUCCCGCGCACCCGCCGCCGGCCAGCUCGAACUGUCACCCGCUCCCGUCGCCCGACGGCGGCCUCGCCCCUCAAAAGCCGUACAGGAAGCGCGCUCUGCCCACCGCCGUCGCCGACCGACUGUGA